ACUGCGAUAUGAUUAGCGCGCGCUGAACAAGUGUCUCGCACACAAGGGGAGCCUCAUUAAUAACUAAUGAUCGCACGUUGGACCUCACGCAUAUAAAGCCCACCGGGACCCUGCGAGGGCGACACAUUUCCAAACUCCCUCGCGCACCCACCACCACGAGAGCGCCCACCAAUCGCCUCCAAACUGCUUUCGCAGCCUCGUAACUCCAGACUCUGCCUCCUCGCCCGCAGACCGCAGCCGAGCCCUCGCUCUGCCAACAUAAGGACGCCGUUCCAUCAGAGAGAGGACGCAAUGGGCUCUGUGCUGCCCGCUGAAGCGCUGGCCCUCAAGGCUGGACUCAAGCAGCAGAGCCUGGCCCUGUCCGACAUCAUCACCUCGGACAUCCUGCACAGCUUCCUGUACGGCAGGUGGAGGAGCGUGCUGGGGGAGCAGCUGUAUGAGGAGAAGAGCAGCACGGUCAGCCCCAAAACAGCCUUCACCGCGGAGGUGCUGGCCCAGUCCUUCUCCGGAGAGGUUCAGAAGCUCUCGAGCCUGGUGCUGCCCAGCGAGGUUAUCAUCGCGCAGAGCUCCAUCCCCGGAGAAGGUCUGGGCAUCUUCUCCAAGACGUGGAUCAAAGCGGGCACGGAGAUGGGCCCCUUCACAGGCAGGGUCAUCAGCCCCGAGCACGUGGACCUCUUCAAGAACAACAACCUCAUGUGGGAGGUCUUUAACGAGGACGGGACGGUGCGCUACUUCAUCGACGCCAGUCAGGAAGAUCACCGCAGCUGGAUGACCUACAUCAAAUGCGCUCGCAAUGAGCAGGAGCAGAACUUGGAGGUCGUGCAGAUUGGAAGCAGCAUAUUUUACAAAGCUGUAGAGACCAUACCCCCUGAUCAGGAGUUGCUGGUGUGGUAUGGAAAUUCCCACAAUACGUUUCUGGGCAUUCCUGGGGUUCCUGGAACUGAAGAAGAACAUCAGAAGAAGCAUAAGAAUGAAGACUUCCACGUGUGUGACACAUCGUCCACGAGCACGGCGCUGGCCACGGCGGGGCGCAUGCGCUGCGUCAUCUGCCACCGCGGCUUCAACUCGCGCAGCAACCUGCGCUCGCACAUGCGCAUCCACACGCUGGAUAAGCCCUUCGUGUGCCGCUUCUGCAACCGCCGCUUCAGCCAGUCGUCCACGCUGCGCAACCACGUGCGCCUGCACACGGGCGAGCGCCCGUACAAGUGCCACGUGUGCCAGAGCGCCUACUCGCAGCUGGCCGGCCUGCGAGCGCACCAGAAGAGCGCGCGCCACCGGCCGCCCAGCGCGGGGCCUGUGGUGGGGCUCCAGGCGCCCUCGCCGCCUCCUCCUCCUCAGUUGGCUGCGGUACCCCAUCCGGCCUCGCUGGUGCACCACAUCCCCACCAUGGUGCUGUGAACUCUGGCCACGGUGCUGACCACCAGGUUUAGAACCUUUACAAGCCCCAGUAGAGCGCUCAGCGGGGCGCGGCUAAUUGCUAGCGCGCCUCGGCACGUUGGCAUUGUGUCUAUGGAUGCUGCUUGGUGGCUCGCGGGCUUGGCAGCGUGUUGCUCUAUGGCUAUCAAGGUAGAAUAACUUAAUGCCCAGAGAAUGCAGAUUGUGCCAAUAUUAUCCAAAGCCCCAACAUGUGUGGUGCACUGGCCAAAACGUCGUGACUGACCAGGGUCUCAUUAGCGAAGCGAGCGCCAGAGGGCAGCCUCUGCUCUGUAUGGUCAUGCUGAAUGCUCUCCAGAGGCAGAAAUAGCAGCAAGAGCCGAGUGGAAGCCCUGAGCUAACUAACGCACUGAGACGUGACGAUGCAUUGAAGUUACUUCAUUCAAACGUGGAGAAAAAUGUUGCUCAUGAACGCAGUUGCUACGUCAAAAAAAGGAGAAAAAGUUGUGUUGGCAUAGUAUAUUUUAAUACAUGCAAAAAUGGUGCGCACAUUUUAAUCCAGUAAAUUCAACACAUCACUUUUUUAGUCUGAGUCUAAAAGUGGUGCAAUGAAGCACUGAAGUUCAUUCAAACGCGCACAUAAUUUCCCAAUUGAAUAAAAAAAUAAUUCAUUUAUUGCACAACCAGUUAUCCAAAGUGACUAAUCCCAGAGGCAACAAUGCGUUGAUACAUUUUAUUCCCGGGCAAAUGAAGCAAAUUUGAUGCAUUUUCAAUGCUUUGGUGUUUUUUCACUGGUAGGCUAUGUGUUAUGUCUGACUCAUGAAAGAGAGAGAGAGCAAUGUCACGUGCGGCGCUCAAAUUGUGUAACUGAUUUACCUUUGCAUGCACAGUUGUAACUUACACUGCAGCCUGUAAACAUUACCCACGAUUAAAGCCCAAGAACGUUGUUUUAUAUGAUCAUAACAAAAUCUGAAGUAUAAAGAACUUAACUUAAUACUCAUUAAAUACACACGGAGUCAACACCCUCUAACCCCCCCCCCCCCCCC